GUCUUCAGUUGUUUGUUGCACCUCCGGUAGGGUUUAUUUUGGAGUAGCUUCAAGAUGGCGUCGGGCUGCUCGUUCUGAUUUUCGUGUUUCAUGAUCAUGUACACACUUUUUGAAGAUGAGUGACAAACGUCAGAGAGCCAGAGUGCAAGGCUCAUGGGCACAGCAGAAGCCGAGACCCAAACCACAGACUGCAGUUCCUGUGCAGAGUGAGCAGAGGGCACUGUGGGCUGGAGGACUCCAGAGAAAAUCACCUGAAGAGAAGAGUUUUGAGUUCCAACGUCCCACACAGCUGCUCAGAGAGAUCCCUCCAGAGAGAAUCAUAGAUUCAUCCGGUGAUUAUGAGAUCAGCUCUGGACCCUCGGGAGUCUCCAGACUUCGACUGAUCUACAACUACCUGUCCACAGAGGAAGCUGACUGGAUGUUUUCCAAACUCCUCAAUGAACUGCCCUGGAGCCAGAAGACCAACUACAGACUGGGAGAGGCCUAUGAGGAACCUCGACUGACCUGUUGGUUUGGAGACCUGGCAUAUACCUACUCCCACUCCACUAUGAAUGCCAAUACAGAGGUACACACAUCCCAUAAUACUAUCAGCUCACCUUAAAAGUGAAACUAAACACCUAAACUCCACCCAAAAGCACAUUUCAAAUUGAGCUGAUAAACUGGGCAGUACCUGGAAGGCUAAAGGGGAGAGUGAGAUGGGAGAAGGGGUGGGGUCUGGAGCAUUGACUGUAUAUGUAAAUGGACAUAGCUAAUGUGCUAGCUGCCGCAUGCCAAAUAGAAAGUCUGCAUGCAGGCUCUUCCGACCCUGGCUCCCAUUGACUUACAUUGGAAUAUUGCCGUCCCUCUCUCAGUGACUGCUGCUUUGAGCCUCA